UAAAAAUAACAAAACUUCACAAAAACAUCCGUCGAGCCAGUGAGCACUGCGCAUGCGCAAGCCAUCGAUCCAAACGUGCACGGCAGUGGUGGAAGGGCGUUUCUUCCUUCCUGAUCGUUGCUGCGUCCCCGCCAGAAAGACGACCAGAGGAAACGUUCAUGCGCAUAGGGGUGGCAGUCUGACUAUUGUAUUCCAAAGCUCCGGAGCGGGUUCUGACCCAUUAAUGAGCUACUGCAAAACCUGACAGAGUCACCAUGGUGGAACCCAUAUGCGCCACGGGCGUGGCAGCCCGGCUCCGCAGUCAGUGGGACCGUCAGGAAGGUCUGGGCCAGAACGACAACGCUGUCAAAUUUCUGGGUCAGGACUUCGAGACCCUGAGAGCUCGCUGUCUCCAAAGUGGGACGCUCUUUGAGGACACCCUGUUCCCCUGCGCCGCUUCAUCGUUGGGCUUCAACGAGCUCGGGCCCAGGUCCUCCAAGACCUACGGUGUGCGUUGGAUGAGGCCCACGGAGUUCUGCAAGCGACCCGCUUUCAUCGUGGACGGGGCAACCCGAACUGACAUCUGCCAGGGUGCUCUGGGGGACUGCUGGUUGCUGGCGGCCAUUGCCUCACUGACCUUAAAUGACACCCUCCUGCACAGAGUGGUCCCUCACGGGCAGAGCUUUGAGCAGGGAUACGCCGGAAUCUUCCACUUUCAGUUCUGGCAGUUCGGCGAGUGGGUGGAGGUGGUGAUUGACGACCGUCUUCCCGUGAAGGACGGCAAGCUGCUCUUCGUCCACUCGGCGGAAGGCGGCGAGUUCUGGAGUGCAUUGCUGGAGAAGGCCUACGCCAAGUUGAACGGCUGCUAUGAGGCGCUGUCUGGUGGUAGCACGUCAGAAGGUUUUGAGGACUUCACUGGCGGCGUGACUGAGAUGUUCGAGCUGAAGCAGGCACCCUCCGACCUCUUCGGGAUCAUGGGUCGUGCCAUCGACAGAGGCUCGCUGCUGGGCUGUUCCAUCGAUAUCACCAGUUCCAGAGACAUGGAGGCGGUCACCUUCAAGAAACUGGUCAAAGGACAUGCUUAUUCUGUCACGGCUGUGAAUGAGGUGGUCUUCAGAGGAAACCUGACCAAACUGGUUCGCAUCAGGAACCCGUGGGGUGAAGUGGAGUGGACCGGUGCCUGGAGUGACAAUUCUCGGGAAUGGGACAACGUCGACCGCGGAAUCCGAGCUCAACUUCAAAACCGCAGUGAGGAUGGCGAAUUCUGGAUGUCCUUCAGCGACUUCCUGCGUGAGUUCAGCCGUCUGGAAAUCUGCAACCUUACGGCCGACGCCCUCAGGCACAGCCAGCUGAAGAAGUGGAGCUCAUCCUUGUAUCAGGGCGAGUGGAGGCGUGGAAGCACGGCCGGAGGAUGCCGGAAUUAUCCGGCCACCUUUUGGCUGAAUCCGCAGUUCAAGUUGUUAUUGCAUCAUCCCGACGCUCCGGACCAAUCCGACUGCAGCUUUUUGGUGGCUCUGAUGCAGAAGGACCGCAGGAAGAAACGACGGGAAGGCAAAGACAUGGAGACCAUCGGCUUCGCCGUCUACGAGGUUCCUAAUGAGUCGAAAGGACAAUCACGAGUCCACUUGAAGCAGAACUUCUUUCUGACGCACGCCUCCAGCGCUCGUUCCGAGCUCUUCAUCAACUUGAGGGAGGUCAGCUCGCGCCUGCGCCUCCCGGCUGGAGAGUACGUGAUUGUGCCGUCCACGUUCGAGCCCCACAAAGAGGCCGACUUUGUCCUACGGGUCUUCUCGGAGAAGCCAGCAGACUCGGAGGAGCUUGAUGAUGAAAUUGUGGCGGAGCUUCCGAGCGAGAACUUUUUAGACGAGAGCCAGAUUGAUUCGGGUUUCAAGAGUCUCUUCAGGCAGCUAGCCGGCGCGGACAUGGAGAUCAGCAUCAAAGAGCUGCAGACCAUUCUCAACCGCAUCAUCAGCAAACAUAAAGACCUGAAGACAGACGGCUUCAGCAAAGAGGCGUGUCGCAGCAUGAUCAACCUCAUGGACACGGACGGCAGCGGGAAGCUGGGCUUGGUGGAGUUCCACGUGCUGUGGGAGAAGAUUAAACGAUACCUGACCAUAUUCAGGAACUUUGACCUGGACAAGUCGGGAACCAUGAGCUCCUAUGAGAUGAGGAUGGCGCUGGAAUCUGCAGGCUUCAAGCUGACCAAUCACCUCUUCCAGCUCAUCAUCCUUCGGUACACGGAGGCGGACAUGAGCGUGGACUUUGAUAAUUUCGUCACCUGUCUGGUCCGCUUGGAGGCCAUGUACAAAACAUUCACGGUCAUGGACACAGACACAGACGGGGUCAUCGCACUGAACUUUUCUCAGUGGAUCUCGCUCACGAUGUUCGCCUAAACUCAAGCAGGCAAAGAGUCUGCAGUGCCUUCUCAUUGACCCAAACAGAACAAUGUGAAGUAGCCAUGCCCGUCUCAUUCUCACCUCUGGUGGAGUGGGACUCAAACCACACACCCAAGCAACAUGGCUGCCUUGGAUAUCGCUUUGAUUGACAUACGUGCCAAACAUUUUGUAAUGUUUUUAUGGUGACAUGACAAAAAGGAAAGAACAUGAGCAUGCACCAAUAAAUAAAACUUUAUUUAAACAA